AUGCUCCUUCUUUUUCACUUUUUCAAACCUCCUACUUUCUCUUUUUUGAAACCUCUUCUUUUCUCUUUUUUCAACCAUCCUUCUUUGUUUUUUUCCAACCUCCUAUUUUCUCUUUCAACCCUCCCACUUUCUCUCUUUCAACCCUCCCACUUUCUCUCUUUCAACCCUCCCACUUUCUCUCAACCCUCCCUUUCCUCUCUCAACCCUCCCACUUUCUCUCUCAACCUCCCACUUUCUCUCUCUCCCUCCCACUUUCUCUCUUUCAACCCUCCCACUUUCUCUCUCUCAACCCUCCCACUUUCUCUCUCUCAACCCUCCCACUUUCUCUCUCUCAACCCUCCCACUUUCUCUCUCUCAACCCUCCCACUUUCUCUCUCUCAACCCUCCCACUUUCUCUCUCUCAACCCUCCCACUUUCUCUCUCUCAACCCUCCCACUUUCUCUCUCUCAACCCUCCCACUUUCUUUCUCUCUUUUCUAACCUCUUUUUCUCUUUCUCUCUCUCAACAUACCCCUAUCCCUCUCUCUUUACUAGUAUUCCUUUUCAUUCUUCCUUUUGUAACCCUCUUUAUCUCUUUUUCUGUCUAUCUUUCUGUUUUCCUAUCACCAUUUCUCUCACUUUUCUGACACUCCUUUUUCAAGGUGCCUUUUCAACCUUCUUUCAUUUUCAUCCAGCUUUAUCUUUCUUUCAGCCUCACUUUCUUCUCCUUGUCUUGUUUGCUUAUUCUCUUUCUCUCCCUCUUUUCCAAACUCCUUUUCUUUAUCUUUUUAACCUCUCCUUCUGUCUAACAUCUGACACUAUUCCCAAUUUCACAACUUUGAAUGCCCAUUAA